UUCAAUCAACAGAAUCGGAUCCGAUUAAACACUCCCGGAGCCUUGCACGAAGAAGGAAGCUUAUAGAGUGUGCAACAAGGCUCGUAGUGCUCUGGAUUUUUUGUUUGCGAGCGGGAUAAAUCCAUGGCUGCGGAAUCUCGUAAAGUGAUUGUUCAUCUGAGAGCUACUGGUGAUGCUCCUAUCCUCAAGCAGUCUAAAUUCAAGAUUGGUGGAACCGACAAGUUCGCUAAAGUAAUUGAUUUUCUGUGCCGGCAACUGCACAGGGAGACGCUGUUUGUGUAUGUCAACAGUGCCUUCUCACCAAAUCCGGAUGAGUUGAUAAACGACCUAUAUAAUAACUUUGGUUUUGAUGGGAAGCUGGUGGUGAACUAUGCAUGCUCCAUGGCAUGGGGCUAAGUAUGGCCAGUGGUUUGGCGCUCUGGAUCUGAUAUACAAGUAGAUUAACGCCUUUGUACAAUCCCUCAACCCCAUUUUAUUUGUGAAUGUGUAUGACAAGUAUAUCGGUUCUCAUUCAAACUCUCUGCAUAGUUUAGUCAAUUCCUCUCAUCUUACAUUACAUAACUGCACAUACUAAUGGAAUGACGAAAACUGUUGACCAUUGACAGUGUCAUAGAUACAUAGCUCUGUAUUUGUGUUUGGAAUUCCAUAAUUUGAAAGGUUUGCAAGUUCCCUCCUCUUUU